CAAUAUGGAAGAUAGUUCUGAAGACGUUCGUGAAUUGCUGAAGUUGAAAAAGAGCUAUAAGAAAAAAUUGUCCGUUACAAGAUAUCAAGAGCCUCGUAAAAACACGUUCAGAAGAAUACGCAGAAAACGCAGUAAAGUCAGGUAUCGCAAGUCAUUAAAACAACUCAGAUAUAAUCGAAAAACCGACGACCUGUGUUCCGCUGUGGAAGUAUUUGAUAUAACCGACAUGGAAUGGGCUCCAUCGUGUAGUUCAUCGAUUUUGCCAACAGAGGUCACUGAGUGGCAGAAACAGGAGCAAAUAGCAUAUUGGAAAUCUCGCGCCAUUAGUUUAGAAUUAGAAAAUAAAAUGUUACACCAACAUCUAAGGAAUGUUUACGCUAAAACUAUAGAGCAGUACUUAGAAAAUAAUAAGUGUAUCGAAUUACAUUCUGAAAAACCAGAGACUCGACAAGAAGAAAACCAGUGUUCCAAAAAUACCAUUAGGGAAAAGUCGGGUAUAUCAAAGACAAAAAGGCCGGUGAGUCCUAAAGAACCGAGUGGAAAACAUAGAUUGGAAGAAAUGAAGGCGAUUUAUGGAGAUAAAGCUCAGAAAAUAAUGGGUAUGGAAACUGCCCUCCAGUUAAAUUAUGAAAAACAUUUCAAACAGUUAAAUCCUUCGCAUUGGCCAAGCAUCCCUCUUCGUUUAAAAUUUGAUUAAAAAAUAUGUUUUGUAAAUUACUAGUGAUUAUUUUAAUUCUGUAUUCAAUAAAA